AUGAAUGAAAUUGAAAUAGCUGCUACAUUACAUGUACAAUACCGGGCUCUGCAGUGUUGCAUUCUAUCAUACUAUAUCAAAAUGGCCACAGCGGUACAGAACCCCCUCAAAUCGCAAUCUGGAGGGGCAGCCUCAAAAAACAGUCUUGGUGAGGAGUUUUAUAAGGAAGCCAUUGAACACUGUCGCAGUUACAAUGCCCGUCUGUGUGCCGAACGCUCCAUGCGUCUCCCCUUCCUGGACUCCCAGACCGGCGUGGCCCAGAGCAACUGCUACAUCUGGAUGGAGAAAAACCACCGCGGACCAGGUCACGCUCCAGGUCAGUUGUACACAUAUCCCGCUCGCUGCUGGCGCAAGAAGAGACGGCUAAACAUCCUGGAGGACCCGCGGCUUGUACCGAUCGAGUUCAAGAUCGACUACGAGGCUUCUCUAAAGAAGGAGGGGGGUAUCCCAGAUGGUCCUGUGUUGGAGUCGCUGCUCGCUGGGGAAACCCUGGACAAGAAGGUAGAAACCAAGGAAGAAGAGCCAAUGAGCGAGUGUCAGAAGCUGCUGGUCGGAGAUUUCCCUCAUGAGCUGGAGGUGGACGAAAUGGAGGAAGACGUCCCGAAGCGCAAAAACCGUACCAAAGCACGGGCCUACGGUGUCGGGGGUAUGAGGAAGAGACAAGAGCCAGCUGCCAUUGAAGACAGAGACAAGCCUUACGUCUGUGACAUCUGUGGAAAGCGCUAUAAGAACCGCCCUGGGCUGAGUUACCAUUACACUCACACACACCUGGCAGAUGAGGAGGGGGAAGAAGACUCGGAGCGACACACACUACCCUUCCAGCGCAAGAACAACCACAAGCCCAAGAAAGCACCGGACGGCUCAGUGAUCGCCAACGGCUACUGCGACUUCUGCCUUGGAGGCUCAAAGAAGACUGGCUGUCCUGAAGACCUUAUCUCCUGUGCGGACUGUGGACGCUCAGGCCACCCGUCCUGUCUGCAGUUCACAGUGAACAUGACGGCUGCGGUGAGGACUUAUCGCUGGCAGUGCAUCGAGUGCAAGUCCUGCAGUCUGUGUGGCACCUCUGAGAACGACGACCAGCUGUUGUUCUGUGACGAUUGUGACAGAGGCUACCACAUGUACUGUCUGAGCCCCCCCAUGUCUGAACCACCAGAGGGGAGCUGGAGCUGUCAUCUGUGUCUGAGACAACUGAAGGAGAAGGCCUCAGCCUACAUCACCCUCACUUAAUCUGCCGAGCUGCGCCUCAUCCUCUCGGCCCUUCAUCCUCUCCCAAACCACUUCUUCGUCGCCCCUCUCUGUGCCUCAGCUGCCCCUCCUCCUCCUCUUACUUGCCGCCACCACUUCCUUUACAAUCCGUCCCGGUGACCUAUGACACGACUGAGCACAGAGCAUACACAGCGCUGCACCCAUUCAUAAACGUCUCUCUAGCGGCAAACCAACCUCCAUCCCUUCGUGUCACUAACACAUUCCCUGAUGCUUGACCUGUACCCCCCUCCCCACCUUUUCCUGCCCUGUCUCAACAGAGGAAUUCAUCAGCUGGCAAUAAGUUUGCU